GGAUUUCCCGGCAGGGGUGCUUUCUACGGCACAGCACCGGGACUCCUGCUGAUGAACACCCCCUCUGUGUUCAUUUCGACGGCUGAAGGUAAAAGCUGCUCUGGGAAAAAAACACUACAUCAACAGAAGUCUUGUUGUUGUUUACAGCAAAAGCCACAUUAAAAUAAUACAUACAUUUAAUACUCACAGAUUCAAGAAGCAGUCAACAUAUUUCCUUGGUCAGUAGGACAAACUUGAGAAAAAAAAAUGAAAAGAUACCGACGAGGAUGGGAUUCGAACCCACGCGUGCAGAGCACAAUGGAUUAGCAGUCCAUCGCCUUAACCACUCGGCCACCUCGUCGACGUUGAUAAUAAUACGGCGCACUAACUAUAUGAACAGAGGCACCGCUAAACAACUAACUGGUUUCAGUAUUUAGUUUGGAACAGCGUUCACAGAUCGAUAUUCAGCUAAACUACGAAAACACAUUAAAAACAGCCUGUCUGAAUUUAGCCUGUUAGCCCACCUAGGGCAGCACUGCAGCGAGCUGCUGACAUUAUCUAAUGGGCCAGUAAACCGUGCUAAUGUGCUAAUGUGCCAAGCUGGCUAGGAUUACAUACAAACCUUAAAAAAACCUUUAAAAUGUGUUAUUUAACAUUUACUCACCGUCGUUUGCGUCCCACCCUCCGUUCUGAAGACAUGACAGAUAUCUGAGUAAAAAAUAGUUCAGCUGAAAAGAAGCUCAAACUUGUUGAACUAACUUUAUCCAGGAUGUUGAAGCUAACAGUUAGCCACAUUCACUGCAGUUCUCUGGAUGUCAGAGAACGUAGACUGGAUAAUAAAGACUGAAUCUGCUGACAGAUCUGAGUUUCUGUCCUGAACAAUUAUUAAAUAUCAGCAGACAAGGCUGAACUUCAUGACAUAAUUUAAAGCACCAGUUGGAAAUAAAACAGAUUUCAUUGCAUUAAGGCUCUCAUUCUGAAUUCAUUCCAGAUACUUUAUUCUCCUGUAGAUGAACUUUACUCAUUAAAAACUAUGUCUGCUGAGUCACACAUGCAGAAGACAUGGUGUUUGUUUGGAUUAGUGACUUCCAGCCGAUUUAAAUGUGACUCCUUUUCAGUUCAAUAAUAAAAAUAAUAAUAAAACUGUGAUAAUAUUUAAUUCAUUCUCAUAAAUGUAUAAAGUAUAGCCCUGACUCUGCUUCUGUCUUGGUUGUAAGUCAUUGCGUUUUUGGAAAUAAUUAACUGUCAAAGCUUCAUGUUGAUAAGUAUUAGUGAUCCUAUUUAUCUGUAGAAUCUCCUCUUCUGAGCUAUAUAUGCUGUGAUGAGACGUGUACAGUUGUGGAGAAAUAUAGUUGUUUUUUUUUAAAUAAAUAAUGACUCUACAACUAUGACCUGGUCUUUAGCAUCUGUUCAUCUGCAUGUGUGGACUGCUUUUAUGAGCAGACAUCAGGUAGAGGUUUACAGAAACCUGGUAUCUGUCGUCAUCUAGUGGUAGAAUUUGAUCACUGAAAGCCAGAACCAGACCCUGUUACCCAAUAGAAAUAUGAACCGGUGCUGCUGAACCUUUACCUCAUCUCAAGUUCUGGAAAAAUCUCAGUCCAGUUAAUAAUGUUCCAGCACUGGUGCACUGAAAAAAAGUGAAAAAGCAAAAAUAUCAUCCAUCCAUCCAUCCAUCAUCCAUACAUCCACCGUUUAAUCCUCAUCAGGGUCAUGGGGGCUGGAGUCUAUCCCAGCUGACUGAAGGUGAAGGCAGGAGACACCUGGACAGGUAACAGUCUAUCACAGGGCUACACAUAGAGACAAACAAUCACACUCACAUUCACACCUACAGACAGUUUAGAAUCACCAGUUAACCUCAGCAUGUUUGUGGACUGUGGGAGGAAGCUGGAGAACCUGGAGAAAAGCCUCACAUGUACAGGAGAACAUGGAGACUCCAUGCAGGAAGAUCCCAGGAAGGAGAACCAGGUGAUGGUGUUAACUACCGAACCACCGUCCAGCCUCCUUUACUUUCCCAUAACUUACAAAAGAAUGUAUGCCAGUAAUUUUUAUGAAAGUUCACCAGUCAUACUCAUGAACUUUACAGUCUCCAAUUAAAAUGCAUACAUUUGGAAUAUUUGUAGUUUGAAAAACCUGGAGAAAAUCUCAAUAAAAAUAGGAGAACUUGCAAACUCUGUGCAGAAAGAAGCCUUAGACCUUGUGGGGUUUGAUAAUUGUUGUUGUGUUGCUGAAUUAUAGCUGAUUCAGGGGAGCUAUCAGAUGUUCCAGCCAGAUUAAAGUCAGAUAACAGGUAGUGUGUAGACAACAAAACACCAGUAAUCAGUAAUAAUCCAAGUCAAAGUCCUCCAGUUAUUUUUUACAGCCAACAUAAACCCAUCCAGUUCUAAAGGUUGUACUCUGUCAGUGUGCACAUUUAAACCACAGCAGCAGCGUUUACCUGCUGACACUCAGCAUGAUGAUGGAGAAGGUGCUGCUCCUGUUAGGACUGCUGGUCCUGGCCACGUCACACGCUAUCCCAGUUUCCCUCGAAGUACAUGAGGUUUAUGAGAAUGGGGAAGAUGAGAAUCCGAUUCUAAACCUGGGUUCAGAUGCCAACCUCCUUGAAGGGGACAUUUUACUUCCUAAAGGAAGGAACGCUCUGAUAGACAAAACAUACAGAUGGAAAUUUCCCAUCCCGUACAUUCUGGGGGAUGAUUUGGACCUGAACGCUAAAGGCUGCGUCUAUCAGGCGUUUGAAAUGUAUCGCCUCAAGUCCUGCAUCGACUUCAAGCCUUAUGAGGGAGAGAAGACCUACAUCAAGUUUGAAAAGAGAGGAGGGUGUUUCUCCAGCGUUGGCGACCAGCAGGACGGUCAGAUCCUGUCUCUGGGGUCCGGCUGCGACCACAAGGCGGUGAUCGAACAUGAGUUACUCCAUGCUCUGGGAUUUUACCAUGAACAGUCACGCACAGACCGGGAUGACUAUGUCGACAUCUGGCUGGACCAGGUCACACCAGGACUUGAGCACAACUUCAACAAAUACAACGACGACUUCAUCACAGAUCAAAACACGGCGUACGACUACGAGUCCGUCAUGCAUUACAGGCCCUUCUCCUUCAAUAAGAACGAAUCCAUCCCCACCAUCACCACCAAAAUCCCAGAGUUCUACAACAUCAUUGGCCAGUACCUGGACUUCAGUGCGAUGGACGUCCUCAGGCUGAACCGGAUGUACAACUGCUCUGGACCACUAACCCUGCUGGAUCAGUGUGCCUUUGAGUAUGCAAGUAUCUGUGGGAUGAUCCAGGCCUCUUCUGAUGAUGCUGACUGGAUCCACACCAAGUCAAGCGAGGGUUCAGAGGAUCACACACUGCUGGGAAGAUGCAGAGAUGCUGGGUUCUUCAUGCACUUCAGCACCAUGAGUGGGAGCCCUGAAGAGUCUGCUCUGCUGGAGUCCCGAACCCUCUACCCCAAGAGGCAGAUUAAAUGUCUGCAGUUCUUCUACAAAAUGACCGGAAGCCCCAAGGACAGGCUGGUGAUAUGGAUCAAGAUGGAUGAUGGAACAGGCACUGUUCGCAGCAUGAAGAAAAUACAGACGUUCUAUGCGAAUUCUGACCAGAGCUGGAAGAUCGCCCAUGUCUCAGUGGAAGUAGGAGUGAAAUUUCGCUAUGCUUUCCAAGCCGUGCGUGGCGACCCCACAGUGUCCACCGGUGGAAUCUACAUCGACGACAUCAGCCUGACCGAGACACGCUGCCCCAACGCUGUCUGGAAGAUCCCCAACUUCUCCAAGAUCAUGGAAACGGCCACCACAGAUACGGUUCUCGACAGCCCUCGGUUCUACAGCCCUGAAGGCUACGGUUACGGUGUCCGUGUCAUCCCUCUGUCCACGUACACCGACUACACAGGGAACUACACAGGGCUGUACUUCUACCUGAUCAGUGGGGAGAAUGACGUGGUGAUGCAGUGGCCAGCGGUGAACAGACAAGCAACCUUAGUGGUGAUGGACCAAGACCCAGACAUCAAGCUGAGGAUGUCCUCUGCUCGCAGUCUUACUACUAACGAGAUGUUAACAUCAACCGGAGAUUAUUUUUGGGACAAUCCCUACAAAGUGGGAACGUUUGACCCUUCAUGUGAUUGCUACAGAGGUCCAUCAUGGGGCUGGAGGAACUUCAUCAAACACUUUGACCUCCGGCGGCGCAACUACCUGAAGAACGAUGACCUCAUCAUAUUCAUCGACUUUGAGGAUAUAACAUCACUGAUCAAAACUGAAGUUCCCGUUACGCCAGUGGAAUAACGAACUGGAGCAAGCACAGCUUUGGAUGACAAGAAAAACCUGUGAAGACAAAGACAGGAUGGAAUCACAACUAAACACAAAAUAUCAAAAUGUAGAUUUAUAGUUGGCAUAAAUUCUGUACAUGAAGAUUAAAACAUGUUUGUGCAUAUCUGAAGUGGUUUAGCAUUAAAAUCUUUAAAUUAAAGCUAUUAAAUCAUGCUAUUGAUCACUGAUUGUGUUAUUCUAUGUGUUAUUCCAUGUGCUUCUUGUUUAUUCAUUCCUGAACUCCAAACAGUUUCAGGAGGAUUUUUAUUCAGUUUUGGUUCAUUGUUCUCUACAGUGUGUAGUCCGGCGUCUCUAUGGAAAGUACACAACCAUUUCAAGGAGUAGAGAGAAGUAAAAAAAUAUAUAUAUGAAAUUAAUAUGUACAUUUCUCAAAUAAAAAAAUGGGGAUUUAAUUGUUCAUGUGU